AUGCAGACAGAACUCGUGCACUCAGGGAUAGCCCUUGUGUUCAUGCUCACCCAGAGAAGGCAGAUUAGGGGAGCAGAACAGCGCAGGGGGAGGAGCCUGAUUCCCAGCGCUGUUGGCACACUCCAGGCCGGCCUGGUGGGUCAACACGAGGAACUGGAAGAAGAGAUGGGCAUCCAGGACGAGAGGCCUCUGGUGUUCCACCACCACUAUCUGCCCUGCCUGCCGUCCGCCCUGGGCCCUCUGCUAGCCUGGCCUGCCACCCUCCUUCCCCCUCCACCAUGCCGGCCCCACCUGCAGGAAACACCCAGGAUUCAGCACUGUCCUCCAGCCUCCAGGAAGAGGGACAAGAAACCUGUGCCCCCGCCACCUCCCCCCAGUGCCACAGGGACUGUGGGUGCAGAUGUACCCCCAGCUUCAGACUACUACGACGCAGAGAGCCUACCCUGAGGGGUGACCCUCGCCCAGGGCCUCGCCAGUGCCUUUGUCCUCGACCUGCUGUCUCAUGUCCUGUCUACCAGCUCU